GCCGCUCCCGGGGCUGCCCGCAGCGCUCCCGCCCGGCAGGUGCCGCCGGACCCGCCGCCCUCCUCCCGCUCCCGCCGCGGGGGGACCGCGGGGUGGGGGGGGGUGGGGGGGGUCCGGCUCGGUGCCCCCCACCCCGCACCCCCGCCGCCGGGUCCCGGCUCGGGGGCGGCGCGGGGAGCUGCCAGCCGGGCCGGCGGGAGCCGCGUCCCCCCCCUCGAGCCCCGCCGCCGGGGCGCGGAGCCGCCGCCGCCGCUUUCAUAAUCGCUCCCGAAGCGCAAAUCCGUGCUGGCGGGGCUGCGCUGCUGGGUGACAUGUCGCAGCUCGCUGCGCCGGCUCCUGCCAGCCCCGCAGCUCCCUUCGGCUCCCACUUUUUUUAUUUUAUUAUUUUUUUCGGCCGCACCCGCUUCACCGUGAGUUAAAUCCAGGCAAUUCUCCACAAACGGGAGCGUUAUUAAUAGCGGGAUCCGGGCAGAGGGACUUUUGCGUUGCCUACAGCACGGCUCUGCUGAUGGAGACCGCCAAGCUCAACCCCAUCAUCCGGGAUGUCUACGCGGCCGCUGGCCGUGUCCAGCAAGCACCGGCCGCCGCCUCGGCGCGGAGGGGCAGCAGCUGCCGAGAGCUCAUGGUCAAGCUGACGGAGGGGCAGUACGUGCUGUGCCGCUGGACCGAUGGGCUCUAUUACCUCGGAAAGAUCAAAAGGGUGAGCGGCUCCAAGCAGAGCUGUCUCGUCACGUUUGAGGACAACUCCAAGUACUGGGUCCUCUGGAAGGACAUCCAGCAUGCCGGUGUCCCCGGGGAGGAGCCCAAGUGCAGCAUCUGCCUGGGGAAGACAUCGGGCCCCAUGAACGAAAUCCUCAUCUGCGGAAAGUGUGGGCUGGGUUAUCACCAGCAGUGCCACAUCCCGGUGGCGAGCAGCGGCGAGGGCCCGCUGGGGACGCCGUGGUUCUGCCGCCGUUGCAUAUUUGCCUUGGCCGUGCGGAAGGGGGGUGCCCUGAAGAAGGGAGCCAUCGCCAAGACACUGCAAGCCGUCAAGAUGGUGCUGUCCUACAACCCCGACCUGCUCGAGUGGGACUCCCCGCACCGGACCAACCAGCAGCAGUGCUAUUGCUACUGCGGGGGCCCUGGCGAGUGGUACCUGAAGAUGCUGCAGUGCUACCGCUGCCGGCAGUGGUUCCAUGAAGCCUGCACCCAGUGCCUCAGCGACCCCAUGAUGUUUGGGGACCGGUUCUAUGUGUUUUUCUGCUCCGUGUGCAACCAGGGACCUGAAUACAUCAAGCGCCUGCCCUUGAGAUGGGUGGAUGUCGUCCAUCUCGCCCUCUACAACCUGGGCGUACAGAGCAAGAAGAAGUACUUCGAUUUCGAGGAGAUCUUGGCCUUUGUGAACCACCACUGGGAUCCGCUGCAGCUCGGGAAGCUGACGGGCACCCCUGUCUCCGAGCGCGGCCCCCACCUCCUCAAUGCACUCAACAGCUAUAAAAGCAGGUUUCUGUGUGGGAAGGAAAUCAAAAAGAAGAAAUGCAUCUUUCGCCUGCGGAUCCGCGUCCCGCCGAACCCCCCCAGCAAGGUGCUGCCAGAGAAAGCCCCCGGCAUGGCCGAGAGCGGCUCCUGCGAGCUGAAGAAGAGGGGAAAAAGCAAAUAUGUCCAUAAAGACAGCCUGCUGCCACGGGAGCUCGAGCAGCAGAAGCGGCGAGCGGCCCGGCGCAAGAGGGCCAAGUUCCUGCUGGAGGAUGCCAUUCCCAGCAGUGACUUCACCUCCGCCUGGAGCACCAACCACCACCUGGCCAGCAUCUUUGACUUCACACUGGAUGAAAUUCAGAGCCUGAAAAGUGCCAGCUCGGGACAGACUUUCCUAUCGUACGUGGACUCCACGGACGCUGCCAGCACCUCCGGCUCCGCCACCACGAGCCUCUCCUACGAGUCCAGCCGGAGGACCGUGGGCAGCCGCAAGCGCAAACUGGCAGCACCAGCCUACGCCUCGGCGGGGGUGAAGAGGAGAGGUGGGGAGGCGGGCGGGCGCCCGGCCGGGAGCACCCCUGAGAGCAGCGAGGCAGCCUGCGGCCCCGACCGCCCGGACGACGGCAUCGACAGCCACACCUUUGAGAGCAUCAGCGAGGACGACUCCUCGCUCUCCCACCUCAAGUCCUCCAUCAGCAGCUACUUCGGGGCGGCGGGCAGGCUGGUCUGCGGCGAGAAGUACCAGGUGCUGGCACGGCGGGUGACGCUGGAGGGAAAGGUGCAGUACCUGGUGGAGUGGGAAGGCACGACCCCCUACUGAGCCCCGCCAGUCCCCAAACCUCUCCCGGAGCCAAGCCAGAGGAGAUCAGGAUGACGGAGAAACUCUCGCCAUGAGGCAGAGGAGGGGCGCUGGCCUGCGGGGAGGCUGGGACCCCUCCGUGCUCCGGCGUCCCGGCUGGGGCCGGCUCUUGGGGAACUGCCACAGGUGGAGGCAGCGCCGGAGCCGGCGCCGUCAGAGGUGCUCCCCAGGGGUGAAACCCGCAGCCUUGCCGCUGCAUGAUUUUUUUAUUUUAACUAUUGUUAUUUUAUUGGCUGUGUAUAUGCAAAGAGCGGGGCCCAGCUGUGCUUUCCUGAUGGAGCCUUUGGCCGAGCCCGAGGCACCAUCACGGCGGUGAGAGGAGCAGCGAGUGGGUCUGGCCUUUCCCCCAGGCUGGCAGCUGUGUCCUGGUGGUUGAAGGGACCCCCGGCAUGGCCGGGCACUCCCCCAGAGAAGCCUUUUUGGGGCGCACCCCACAACUUGCUCAUGCAGAUGGACGUCAUGCUGGUGCCCGGUGCACCCCGGCUUAUCCCCACGUCCAAGCCUUACGGAGCAGACUCGAGGGGGUCUUGCUGCUAAAGCAAAAAGCACCUCCCUCACUCGUGCUUUCACAGCCCGUCGCUGUGCCCACAGGAGGUGGUGGGCAACUCUUGCCAGAGCCAGUGUACGGGUUUUUUCUCCUUAUCAUAAAUCCAUUCGUUAAAGGAAUGUGGUUUGUUUUAAAUGAGUGGAAAACAUCCCGUAAACAGCCCACGUGUGGACGGCUUCCAUGGCCGCAGGGCAGCCCUACGUGGUUCUCAUCCUGCAAGCUGGACGGCGUGUGAUGCACCAGCUUCGUUUUCCCUGUUCUUCUGACAAUCAUGGUCUUGGAAGAGGUCAGCCAAAAGAUACACCCUUGCCUUAAAACCACCACGGGCAUUUCACAGACGUGAGCCCAAGGCCUUUAUUGCUGCAGGAAACCUCGUCCUGAACGUGCCAAAUGAGCAGACAAACCAAAAAGGCUGAAGAGGACAGUGGGGCGCAGGGAGGUGUUUGUGUUGGGGUCCCCGUGGCCACCCCUGUGGCCUCGUGGCUGUGCCUUGCGGGAGAGCAGCCGCGCUUUCUGUUACUGGCAGAGUGGUGAUGUUUGUCUGCAGAAGAGAAGGAGCAGCCCCCUCCUUUACCUAAAGCAAUACUGACAGGUUGUUCAGGAGCAAAGCAGUUGUCUUUUUUAAAAAAGUCUAAUAUCAUCAGACAUAUUUGUUAGAUUUUUUUCUAAGACAGAAAGAUAUAUAUAUAUAUAUAUAUUUUUAAUGUUGUCCUCUCUGUCUCUCCCCAUCACCGCCAUGGCUGUCCCGUGGGGACAGAGGGUGGGCGAUGCCAGGGGGGCCGCGUGGUGCUGCUCUGUCGGCACGCCCCGUCCCUAUAGCCCCGUCGUUGGCCAUCCUGGCCUUGCAGGAGGGUGAAUUGAAAAGGUACUUAAGAACAGUGGUGCCAGCAUGAGGGAGCAGGUGAUGUUUUUAAACCAGAGGCCAAAGCACGGUCCUUGAAAAUAAAUCUCUGCUUCAGCUACUGCUGAAAUAGCGUUAUGGGACACCUGUGAGAGGGGGGUUUGACAGGUUGUUUUAAUCCAUCUAGCAGGCACCAGGCCUUUGCGCGGCUGCGAGGUGACGAUGCCUCGUGUGGGGCUGCGGUGCAGAGCAGCAGCUUCAGUCCAGCCCCGGGAGUCGCCCGUGUCGCUGGGGCGAGGCGCGAGCUGCUUCGGUGCCCAUACCAGGAGCCUUGAAUGUUCAGCACGGCAGGUGCCGAGCAUUUUAACUCCUUUCUGAUGAGUUGCCCGGUGCCGUGCACGCAGCAUUGUGCCUGGUGGAGAAGCUGUUACCCACUUGUGUGGGGGGAGGUCUGGGAGAGGAGGCUCCGUCCAGCUCCAACCAUGAGAUGGUUCGGGCAGGGUCAGUCGUGCCUUGGGGAGCGGUGCUUCGCACCCUCCGGGUCUGCCUCUCAGCUCAUCCGGAGGGGAGCAACUCUGGAGGGGCACCGUCAUUUUGGGAGACGUGCUGCCGGGACCCCCCAUCCCUGGCAGCGAGGGGUGCAGCUCCUGCAGCCAGCUGGGUCAUUCUCCGUCCUGCUGUGGUCUGUCACCAAAGGAUUGCUUAAAGUAUUUCCCUCUCACGAGUGCCUGUGAAGUCCUUGUUAUUGUCCGAGUUGUUGCCCGAGGGGCUGGUGGGGGCUGCCAAGAGCCGUGCCAGGGCCGAGCGGGGUGAUUCCCGCAGGAUGUGCUGAUGGACGUUGCACUCGUGGGAGCACCCGCAACAUGUGGCCCCAGUUGUUCUUCUCUCCCUCUCGUCUCCUCCUCUCCUUCUGGCCUGUUGCAGAGAAUUGAAUGUGGAGCCUUUAAAAAUAUUUUUGUUGCAGAGUAUAUUUUGCAUUAGCUGUAAUAGAUAUUAUAAUGACUCUGUGCACCUUCUAAAGAUUUAUGAGUUCAGGUUGCUGCUUGUAAUAACCAACUCUUGUUAUACCCAAGUUGUAAUUAAUAUGUCUGAUGUACAAUUAAAAAGACUUCUCUUUUUUUAACAUCA